GGCCUAACUCCAAAAUAAAAGAUUCAUUCGAGCAAUGCUUAUUUUCCGAGAAAACAAAAGAGAGAACCAGUAAACGGCUUAUUUUCCGAGAAAACGAACUAUUUUCCGGGAAAAUCGCUCCAGCUCGUCCAUUUCCCCCCUCCGAUCUGGGGUUUUCAACUCGUCCACUCUCUUUCGUUCUCUCUCCGGUACUCUUUCACGACCGAUUCAUAGCUCAUGCAAAGGAAUACGAGGCUUUGAUUAGCGAUUUUUUUUUAACGGUCGUAUAAAACCAAUUGGGAAUUUGAUUUCUGGGGAUUGAGAGAGAGAUGGGGAAGGUGGCGGUGGCGGCGGCGGUGGUGUGCGCGGCGGCGGCUUGCGCGGCGGCGGUGCUGGUGGUGCAGCACCGGAUUCGGAGCUCAGGGAAAUGGGCCAGGGCCAUGGCGAUCCUCAAUGACUUCGAGGAGAAGUGUGGGACCCCAAUCGGGAAGCUCAGACAGGUGGCGGACGCCAUGACCGUUGAGAUGCACGCUGGUCUCGCAUCGGAGGGUGGGAGCAAGCUCAAGAUGCUCAUCAGCUACGUCGAUAACCUCCCCACAGGGGAUGAGAAAGGUCUUUUUUAUGCAUUGGACCUUGGAGGCACAAACUUCCGUGUCCUGCGAGUGCUGUUGGAUGGGAAAGACAAACGUGUGGUCAAUCAAGAAUUUGAUGAAGUUUCAAUUCCUCCACAUUUGAUGACUGGGAGUUCAGAAGCAUUAUUUGAUUAUAUAGCCGCAGCUCUCGCAAAAUUUGUUGCUACAGAAGGUGAAGGACUUCAUCCUGCGUCAGGUAGACAAAGGGAGCUCGGUUUUACCUUCUCGUUCCCAGUGAGGCAAUUAUCAAUUUCAUCAGGGAAUUUAAUAAAGUGGACAAAAGGAUUCAAUAUCGAAGACACGGUUGGACAGGAUGUGGUUGGAGAAUUGACUAAAGCCAUGGAAAAAGUUGGCCUUGAUAUGCGAGUGGCUGCUUUGGUCAAUGAUACAAUUGGAACAUUAGCAGGAGGUAGAUACCACGACCGGGAUGUCAUUGCUGCUGUCAUUUUGGGCACUGGAACAAAUGCGGCAUAUGUAGAGCGAGCACAUGCUAUUCCCAAGUGGCAUGGUCUUCUACCUAUAUCAGGAGAAAUGGUUAUAAAUAUGGAGUGGGGUAACUUCCGGUCAUCACACCUCCCACUAACAGAAUAUGAUCAAGCACUGGAUGUUGAGAGUUUGAACCCCGGAGAACAGAUUUUCGAGAAGAUACUUUCUGGGAUGUAUUUGGGGGACAUCGUACGCAGAGUUUUGUGCAGGAUGGCUGAAGAAGCUGACUUUUUUGGUGAUGCUGUUCCACCCAAACUGAAAAUUCCGUUCAUACUGAGGACCCCCGACAUGUCUGCAAUGCACCAUGACACGUCUUCAGAUCUAAGAGUGGUUGGGAGCAAAUUGAAGGAUGUCUUAGAGAUAUCUAAUACCUCCCUGAAAAUGAGAAGAGUCAUUGUGGAGGUCUGCGACAUUGUUGCUACACGAGGAGCCCGUCUCUCUGCUGCUGGGAUCUUUGGCAUCCUGAAGAAAUUGGGAAGAGACACGAUGAGGGAUGGGGAGAAGCAGAAGGGGGUGAUAGCCAUGGAUGGGGGUUUGUAUGAACACUACUCUAAAUUCAGCAGCUGUAUGGAGAGUACACUCAAGGAGUUGUUGGGGGAGGAGGUCGCUGAGAACAUUGUCAUUAAGCACUCUAACGAUGGCUCUGGCAUUGGAGCUGCCCUCCUUGCUGCCUCCCAUUCUCAAUACCUGGGCGUGGAGGAAUCAUGAAAAGGAUCAAAGCCAAGGUAGAAGGAAGAAGAAUGAUUUUUUUUUUUUUUUUUUUCAUCUUUUUAUUUGGGGUAUAUUUUCGUUUCCCCAUUUCACAAUCCCGGAUCAUUCAGAGCUUGUCUUAGCUCUUAGUUGGAGAGACCAUGUCAGCAAAGCCUUAAUUUAUGGUAUUGCAGAGCAUAUAAUAGAACAGUGAAUCAAAUAUGGAGGGUCAAGUGGAGUAUGGCUCAAGCUUUCAUGCUUCAUAUUUUGAGUUCACCUGUCCAGAGUUAGGGAAUAAAAUAGGGAAUGUAAACUGUUAUGUGAGGAGUCACCAUGCUGGAGCAUUCUCUCCUGUUACUAUUGCUAAUAAAACAGGAUUUUGUGUAUCA